AGCAGGCAGGGAAAACCCCCUUCACUCCUCUCAGCGGCUCGGAGUUGAAGUGAGAUGUGUAUAUAUAUAUUUUUUUACUCAUAUGAUUUAUAUCUUCAUCUCACCGAGCUUCACACACAGGCGCUUUGUGAAAAUGACCAAUCUGCAACCGACCAGUAACACCUGGACCCAGCUGUUUGAGGCGUGGCAGUUGGCAACAAGCCACGUUAACCUGUAAAACCCGGACAUAGUGUGAAAGAGAGAUGAUUCAACCUGCACUCACACGUGUCCUCUUUGUGUUUGGACUCUUCCAGAAAGGUCUAACAUCUGUAAUCCAGUCUGUGGAGACUGUGGAGGAGGCAGUGGGAGAAGAUGCUCUCCUCAGCUGUCAGAUCCUACUGUCAGAAAAUGUGGAACAUGUCACAUGGCAGAAACAGACACAGGAUGGGGGGAUCAAUCUCGCCGGCUUCAACGAUAUCUCUGGCUCCAGGGUGAUCUCAGCCUUCAGAGGCAAAGUGGAGGUGAAAGAUGGUGGACUGCACAACAGCUCCAUAGUGAUCAAGAAAUUGACGGAGGAGGAUGAAGGCUGCUACCUCUGCCUCUUCUUCACCAACCCUGCUGGAGCGCUCACUGGCAGAACCUGCCUCAAGGUCUAUGAGCUGCAUGAACCCGUUCUACACAUUAGAGAAUCAAAUUCCACUGAUGAGUUCCUGGUUUCCUGCUCCGCCACAGGACGACCUGCUCCAACCGUAACUCUCAACCUCACACAGCAAGACUUCCACCUCUCACAGAACCAAACUGUGGUGAUCAACACAAACGGUUUGGAUGAGGGAUCUGGAUCUGCUAGCAGAAGCUUCAUCGGGACAUGGAUUGUGGUAGUGACCUUUCUUUGCACUGCUUCAGUCUUAGCUGUCCUGUCAAUACGAAAACUACAGAGCAGAUCCUUCAGACUGUCAUACAGAGACCAGGAGAAGACUGAGGUUCCUCAAACUGCAGACGCUGAUACGAUCCAAGUAGCUUUGUCCACACUAGAGGAGAGUUCGGUCAGAAAACGGUCACCUCCUUCAGAUUCCAGGCAGGAAAUAGCGACAGAACCUGGGUCACCUUCAAAAGUCAGAAGUCUUCAGUCUGACCAAAGCGUCUUCGACCCUCUACUCGUUCGUUUGGACCCCAGACUUUCUUCAGACUUCAGGGGGCAAAAACAUUUGUCUGCUUUCAGACGUGCACUCAACUUCAAAGAUCCUUCAGAUGGAUUCAACAACUACAAUGAGUCACAUGAUAAGGUCGACUAG